CUCUCUUGCACUCUUCAACGACAACAAUCCCACGACACUGCAUUUCUUCACCGAUCCCACCUCACAUUCAUCCAUUCAUUCAUCAUCCUCCUCCUCCUCCUCCUCCUCAUCAUCACCCUCAUCCUCCUCCUCCCCAUCAUCAUCAUACCCACUCACGACACACCACACCACACUCAGCGCCACCGACGCCCGUGUCCCUGCACAAAAUCGUUGCCGCGUACUCCGACUGUCGACUCGCGCAUAAUCCACACGACCUGCCCUCUUAUCCCGCACUUCCACACCCAUCCAGAGAAUCAUUCCUCUUAGCCUCCCACACAUCCUGCGGCACAUAAAAGCCACUCAUCACCACCGACGUCCCCGAUCUCCAUCGCUCGUCUCAUACACUCUCACGAGCUGUCACAUCGCAUCACAACUCAACCACUGUUAGGCCCGGACAUCCAGCCGAGCGGCCUCGCGCCGUCGACAUCCAAUAAUCUUAGCCACCCGAUGGGCAGCGUCUCCCGGUCCAUCCCUUCUGCAUCCUCUAGUCAACUCUCCGCGUUGUCCGGAUCCGCACCACGCCAACAGGGUUCCGCGCGUCCUGCCGACCAGUCCUGGCCGUCUUCUGCGUCUUUUUACGAGCCGCGCGACCCCGCUGGAACGCUGCGUCGUACUCUUCACUCGCCUACCCCAAUCGUGCACAACUUGUCUCCUCCCAGACAAAGAACGAGCCCUCACCAUCUGGCCUCCCCCCACCCCGAACCUAGGACGACUAAUUCGGCUUACGAGUGGCCCUUUGAGCGCGACACGCGCGAGCUCGGCCAGACUUCAUCCUCGUCCAAUCUACACUCUUCCAGGAUGCAGUCGACUCGCGACCCACAGCAGCACCUGUACGGCCUACUGCCUGAUGCGAUGGCUGGCCCUUCUUCCGGCCCAGCUCCUUUCCUCCCGCCCGAGCAAUACGGUGGCGGCAGCAGUACAGGAGGCAACAACAUGGACUUCCAGUGGAUGACCAACCCGGACGCGUACCCGCCCUCCCUGUUUCCCGGGUACAGCACUAACCCGAUGAGCGGCGACCCCAACAGCCGCGCCGACAGUGAGACGACGGCGCAAGUCGGAGUGGCCGAGUAUACCAAGGCCCUCUCCAUAUUUCGGCAUCUGCAAGCUGCUCUUCCCCACAUGCGCCCUGCAAAUGGACCGGGUCCUCCCGCUACAGGUCAAGACUUCCGUUCACUGCUGGACAUCGCGCACACUGCAUCCGACAUACUUGAGGGAAGGACCCCGAAACUGACGCCUGCGCCCCAGCGCACUCCGCCCCACGAGCGGCCCGAUCAUACGUUCCCCGGCGCCAAGCGUCGCGCGAACACGUACUGUCGCGGUUGUGGCGUAACCGAGACGCCGGAGUGGCGCCGCGGACCUCUAGGACCCCGCACUUUGUGCAAUGCUUGCGGCCUCGUCCACAUGAAGAUGCAACGCAAGAAGAAGAAGGCGGAGGAGCGGGCUGCGCAGGAGAACGCGACACAGCCGCAUCCGCUGUAGAGAUCUGCGUGAGCAACAGGCCAGUAGGCCACUGUCGGAGUCAGCGCGCACCACAGGGUGCAGGUCGGAGCUGGAUUCCGAGUCAUAUGAUACAGCAUAGGGUAGUCGUCCAGAUAUUCCUAGGGCAUGGACCCAGGACAUGGAUAGUGAUCUCUCAU